AACAAAUGAUGUCAUAGCCGUUGAAUUCAUCUGAUUCACACUUUCACUCGUUGCUUUCUUAUAGAAAUUGAAUUCAACUCCCCAUCUUAAGGCUCUUUGGCCCUACAUAGUCUUUGCCUCGGCUUUCACCGACCCUUUCGAGGCGAGCCAGCCUUGCCUUUGCAUUCUCUUCCACCAUUCUCCCUCAAAACUCCCUCCAACAUUCUUUUCCUUGGUUUUUUCAUCUAUCCCUCCUAUAAAAAUCGAUUAUUUUGUUCUUUUACCUCUUAAAAAUCCAUUCUUGGAAUUCAUUUAUCCAUAUACACCAUACUUGUGCAUGUCCCUUUUGGUUGUUUUGCUUUUGUGAUAAGUAAUUGUUGGUUUAUUGGUUUUUCAUGAUGGCUCCGGAUCUAAGAAGAAAUGGGUCGGUAGUAGCUUUAGCCCUGUUAGUCUCUCUGGUUGUUAAUGGUGUUAUUUUUUAUGUAGAAGGUAACAAUAAUGUGGUUUUUGAGGUGGAACAUAAAUUUAAAGGGAGAAGGAAUGAGAAUGGAGGAAGAGGGUCUUUUUUGACUUCACUCAAGGCUCAUGAUUCCCACCGCCAUGGCAGAAUGCUUGCAGCCCUUGACAUGCCUUUGGGUGGCAAUGGUUCCCCUACAGAUGCAGCGCUCUAUUUCACUAAGCUUUCGAUUGGGACUCCUCCUCAGGAUUAUUAUGUGCAAGUGGAUACAGGAAGUGACAUUCUCUGGGUAAACUGUGCUGGCUGUGUCAGAUGCCCCAAGAAAAGCAGUCUUGGUAUUGACUUGACUCUAUAUGACAUGAAAGCCUCCAGCACUGGGAGACUUGUUAGUUGUGAUCAAGACUUUUGCUUGUCUGCAUUCAAUGCCCCAGCCUCUGAUUGCAAGGUUGGUAACCCCUGUGCAUAUUCUGUUACUUAUGGAGACGGGAGCUCAACCGGCGGAUAUUUUGUCAGAGACUAUGCAAAACUUAAUCAACUGUCGGGAAAUCUUCAAACCAUACCCAUGAAUGGUAGUAUAGUGUUUGGGUGUUCAUCUCAACAAUCUGGAGAGCUAGGGUCAUCUACUGAAGCAGUUGAUGGCAUAAUUGGUUUUGGACAAGCAAAUUCAUCUAUUAUUUCACAGCUUGCUUCAGCAGGAAAGGUUAAAAAAAUAUUUUCACAUUGCUUGGAUGGUAUCAAUGGAGGAGGCAUAUUUGCUAUUGGACAAGUAGUGCAGCCAAAACUAAAGACAACACCAUUGGUCCCAAAUGAGGCACAUUAUAAUGUUGUUCUGAACGCAAUUGAGGUGGGUGGUGACGUUCUAAACCUUCCCUCAGAUGUAUUAGGAGGUGGAUCUGGAAGUGGUACAAUAAUAGACAGUGGUACAACCUUGGCUUAUCUUCCUGAUGAUGUCUAUACUCCACUUAUGGAAAAGAUUACGGCAUCCCAAUCCAACUUGAAAAUCCAUAUUGUUGAAAAUCAGUUCAAGUGCUUUGUCUAUAGUGGAAAUGUUGAUGAUGGAUUUCCAGUUGUUACUUUCCACUUUGAGGAUUCACUUUCUUUGACAGUUUAUCCCCAUGAAUAUCUCUUUGAUCUUCAUGAUGAUCAAUGGUGUAUUGGUUGGCAGAAUAAGGGUAUGCAGACAAGAGAUGGAAGGGAAGUAACUCUUUUGGGAGAUCUUGUACUCGCAAACAAGCUUGUUUCGUAUGAUCUUGAAAAUCAAACCAUUGGAUGGGCUGAAUAUAAUUGUGAGUACACUUUUUCUUUCAAUAAUUGUCAGACUACCUGCUUAGAUUCAUGAUUGAAUACUCUUCCGAUAUUUAUUCAGCAGAGAAUCUUGAUGUGGAAAAAAAGUUUUGUAUUUGGGCAAUGUUAUUCUCAGCAAAACUGAAAUACUUGAUGUGUAGCACGGUUGAAUACUAGUUUGCCAUUAGCAUGUAGCUAUUAUGUGGAUCUUUGUGUUCAGAAGCGCAUGGAGUUGUUAUUUCUCAUUUUCUUUUUCCUUCUUCCUCUUUGGUGGGGCCUUUUCUAUUUUAUUUUAUUCUUUUUGGAGUGUGGUUGUAUGUUUGAUCUAAAGCUGGUCCAAUUUCUUUGAUUCCGCUUGUGUACUGGAGCUUCAAGAGACAGUAAGUAUUCCUAAAUUUUGGUUCUGUUUUUGGUAUUUUUACAUCAUAUUCUUUUCUAGAGCAGCAU